ACUAUUCACACCAUCAGGGGGAGAUAUUUAACUUGCAUUGGAGUGGAGAGCAGAGCACAUUAAGGAGUGAGUAGCACAAGGAGAGGGUCAUUCUACUGCAAGCUCUGCCUAGAGAAGGGUGACAAGCAGGUUUCCAGAAGAGAGGAACCCCUGAAAAGCACCUGCCCCCGAAGAUCCGACCCCAAAGCAGAGGUGGACAUUGCACUUGUUGGCCAUUCUCCUGGUACCUUCUGCAUUGCAACCUGCUACUCACCAGCUCCCAUCUGGCCAUUGCAGAGGGACAGACACCAGACCCCUGGGGCCAUAGACCAUGCCUGAACUGUGAAGGACAUCUGGAUAUAUCAUUCAUUUUAGCAAUGUGAUACCACAAAGUGUUUCUUUUUUAUCUCUGCACCCACAUAAUAUUGUAAAAGGAGGCUUACCAGUGUGCCUCCCAAGAAGCAACAUCUCAUUUGCACCCAAAAACCCUUGUUUCCCAGCCAGAGGAGAAAGAAUAGAGCUUUGCCCUGCACACACACACAGCUCCAUGUGUUUGCUGUCUCGCUGCUCUCUGUGUCUUUUCAUUUGCCUUUAAAAAAAAAAAAAAAAAAGGGACUUGCUACCCCUCCAUACAAAAGGCUGGAGCCGGAGGAAUUGUGACAAAACUCGAAUUCUCCCUGGAUGAGCAAAUCUCCAUGCAAAAAGCCUUCGUUCCAAAAAAAAAGGAUUCCUUUAAAAUUAGGAGGGAGAAAGUGAAAACAUCCUUGAGGAUGAAGUCGAUCGCCUGUGCGGGUCUUCAGGGACUUUGGAACUGUCUAAAUCGCAUGGGCAAUUCAAUUUUUUUACUUUAAGGAUCUCUACUUUUUUUUUCAGGAUUUUAAUAUAUAUUAUUAUUAUUAUUAUUUUUUUAGUUUCUGCACAGAUUUGAGACGCUUGGAAACUCAAUGUUUUGGAUAAGCUACCAGCCUACAUCUCUGCCUAUAAUUUUCCCCAAUUGAAAGGAUUAAUUUUAAUUAUUUUUAAACCAUUGGCUCCUGUCUCGGAGCAGACUGUAUUGCAGAGUCUAGACAAGUUGUCCUGGAUGUCACCAUGGGGAUGGAGCCUAUUCCUCUGUGAAUUUUUCUAUCCCGCGAGCCAACUUCUGCAGCGCAGGGAUAAGAAAAGAAGGGGGGCAACCGAAAAACUUGGAGGAAGGGGCAACUUAAAAAUCUUUGCCUUCCUUGUGUGGUUCGCCCUACUGACGGACACAGCUUCGUCUCUGUGAGAAAACCUCCUGGCUCCACCAGGCUUGCAGAUCCCAUACAGUAUAUCCAUCUGUGUGUGUGUGUCACACACCGCCGUUCUAUUUAAAGCAUCUUCUCCGGACUUUGUGUCUAUUUCUGAGCUCCGCUACACAGGCCAAGGAGAGAAUAUAAAGCAAUUAGUUGGGUCGAAAAAAGUGCUCGCCUACGUUCUGAUACCCUCCCUUUUGGAUUACUAUCACUUUUUUUAUUUCUUUUUGACAUCUAAAAGUCGUUUGAUUAAACCACGUGGGAGGGGUGGGAGAACCUUGUUCGUCUUUGAAGGGGGGGGUUUAACAUCAUGAAGAGGAUCAAUCUCCCUCAGGCGGUUUUGCUUUGCUCCUGUUUGGUUUUAGUUCACCAUCAGGGGUCCUGCCAACCGUUUCUCAGGUUCAGACCCUCUCCCAGCGGGGAGUUGCCCGUCUUGCCCGUCAUCGAGCAACCUGACCCCGAGCAGGACCCAAAGGAGCAGGACCUGGAUGAGAGGACACUGAGGAAGAAACUUGGCAGCAACUUUGACCCCAAUUUCAUGGCGGUGGUUUUGCCCAACCUCGUUAAUACGUCCGCCCACGACUCGCUGACAAAAACGAAAAACCCCGGCGCUAUGCCGGUGGACUUGAAGAAGAUGGACCUCAGUGAGGCACCUUACGGUGGAAGGAUCAAGAUGGGGAAGAAAGCCAGGAGAAAGUUCUUACAGUGGUUGUGGGCUUACACUUACUGCCCGGUAUUAUACACUUGGAAGGACUUGGGGGUCAGGUUUUGGCCGAGGUUCAUCAAAGAAGGACAAUGCUUUUCAGAAAAGUCUUGCUCCAUGCCAGAGGGCAUGUACUGCAGACCCCACAAGUCUGUCACCAAAAUUUUCCUGAGGUGGCACUGCCAGGGAUGGUCAAGGCAGAGGUUCUGCACCUGGAUCCCUUUCCAGUAUCCAAUAUUAUCAGAGUGUAAGUGCUCGUGUUAACUGCUGCUCAUCGGUGAAAAAGACUUGGGGGGUUGAAUGGGUCACUGGUUAAACCUUGCACUUCUGAAGGACAAGUAACCUGGUGCUUUUUUUUUUUUUUGCCAUUGACACUGGGGAACUGGAUAGUGAAUACAACCACAGUUCGGACUGGUUGACAGCAGAAAAAACUUUGGAGGUUGGGGGGAGUGGACUCCCUUAACCCUUUCUGUACUUGCAAUGAAGUCACAGAAUAAGGUAUUCUCGAAGAGGCCAGACAGGGACAAAACAAAAAAAAAAGGAAUUAUUGCCAUAAAUUAAUAUUUUUUUUUUUCUGUUGGGAUAUUAAUCAGUUUAUGAAGUAUUAAGAUGAUAGAAAGUGUUAUCUUCCCCGACCUUGCACUGUUGAUAACUAUAAUUAUUCAUAUUAUUAUUAUUGUAUUAUUGCUAUGUAUAUUAUUUUUAAAGCUUGAUAAAAGCAUCCGGAACUAAGCACCUCCAAUCAGAUGUUUUAUUUUUAUAUGUAAUAUAGCUUUUUAACAUAAAUAAAAAAAAACAUAAGAACAAAACAGAAAAAAAAAAAGGGAAUCUAAAUCCAAGUCACCAGCUUUUGUAAAUAAAUAGAUUUUUUUUUUUAUGUAAUACUGAUGUAAUUUUCUCUUUACUGUUGCUAGCUGUAUUUUAUUUUCAAAGGGUAUUUUUUAGUAUAUAAGACAUGGACCAGACUUCAAAUCUGUCUUGCGCUGCUCCUUUAACUUAACCCCUGCAAUGCCACCAUGUGCUUCAGCGCCGUACUUACACCUCACACGUUUUCCUGUAGCGGCCAAUGGUAAAUCUGAUCCAUGAACACAAAUGAAUCUGAAACUUAUAUGCAGAUCUUUCUAGGUAUUUUAAUAUAAUAAAAUAAUUGAGAAAUAUAAAUAACAGCAAAAAAGUUUAGAUGUUUUAUAACAGAGUGGUAUCUUUUUUUUUUUUUAUGUACUAUGGGUAGAAUUUUUAGCAAGCAGAUUUGAUUAUCUUUGUAUAUUUAUUUAUUUGUAAGGAUUGCAGGUAAGGAAUGCAAAAAAAAAGACAAAAAGCAAAUGUGGUUCUAAUUGCAAAAGCUAUUGGUCAGCUAUACUUGAAAGCUCCUUUUUCACGUGACAGGUAUAAAUACGAAAGGAAGUCACGCAAGUUGAUUUAGGAGAAAAUAAAUAUACAGUGGUUCACAUAA